AACUUUAUUUUCGAUUUGUGGCCCAUAGUCAUAGAUUACCUUCCUUGUAAUACCCUCCUUAAACCCCACAAUCCCAGACAUCGCGAAUCGGCAGUUGCGGCCGUACAACGACGUCGUAUUGUAGUUAAUCAUGAACGCUCCGUCACCCCACCACGAAGACGACGAACACGAAGAUGAUGUCUAUAUAGAUGAAAAUGAUAUUAUUCAAGAAAUCAAUGUUGAUGAAGAAGAGCUUGUUGAUGCUGAUGAAGAUGAUGAUGAUGAUGAAGAUGGACAAGAUGGAGGAGGAUUUAUAGAUGAAGCUGAUGAUUCCCUUCAUACAUUCACGGGCCAUACUGGUGAAUUAUACACUGUUACCUGCAGCCCGACAGAUGCUACUUUGGUGGUAACAGGUGGCGGAGAUGAUAAAGCAUUCAUGUGGAAGAUCGGUCAAGGUGAUUUUGCUUUGGAGUUGCAAGGUCACACAGAUUCUGUAUCUAGUUUGGUGUUUAGUACUGAUGGUCAGCUGCUUGCUUCUGGGAGUCUUGAUGGACAUAUAAGAUUGUGGGACGUAACUUCAGGAGGUCUGAAGGACACACUUGAAGGUCCUGGAGGUGGAAUAGAGUGGGUCAGGUGGCAUCCAAGAGGACAUGUGGUGUUGGCAGGUUCGGAGGACUCUUCUGUAUGGAUGUGGAUUGCUGAUACCAGUGCUUUCAUGAACACGUUUUUAGGUCAUGGUGCUAGUGUAACCUGUGGUGGUUUCACUCCUGAUGGUAAAUUAAUUUGUACUGGGUCUGAUGAUGCAACCCUGCGGAUAUGGGAUCCAAAGAGUGCCCAAAGUAUCCAUGCGGUAAGAGGUCAUCCCUAUCAUACGGAAGGACUGACAUGCUUGACAAUCAGCUCGGAUUCUACUCUUGCUCUCACAGGCUCAAAGGAUGGUUCUGCUCACAUUGUGAAUAUAAUUACUGGAAGGGUUGACACUUCUCUGAGUGCUCAUACAGAUUCGAUAGAAUGUGCCAGCUUUUCAUUAAGCGCUCCUUGGGCUGCAACUGGAGGCAUGGAUAAUAAGCUUAUUAUCUGGGACUUACAACAGUCCUUACCUCGCUCCACAUGUGAACAUCCGGAGGGCGUGACAUGCUUAUUGUGGCUGGGGCAAUGUAGAUAUGUGGCAACAGGCUGUGUUGACGGUAAAGUGCGGAUAUGGGAUAGCCUUUCUGGAGAAUGUGCGAAGACCUUUAGCGGACAUGCUGAUGCAAUUCAGUCUCUAGCUGCAUCGUCCAAUGGGGAGUACCUCGUUUCUGUCUCGAUCGAUGGAACAGCACGAGUGUUUGAGAUAGCAGAGUUCAACUGACCCCCAUCAUUGUGUGUUGAUAAAGAGUUCAAAUAGUUACACUAUUGCCUUGUCCUUAUUUUCAGAUUUAAAUAUAAACUUGGUAUCUGAGAGCAGAAUUUGUUAGUGGCUUGGCCACAUCGCUAUUGGAACAUAUAUAGACCACAUUGGCUUAUAGUUAUUCCCCGGAGCAGUGGGGCGGGCCUUUCCUUAAGCGGUGCGGAGCAAGAAUUUAGUGUGGGUUACGGGUUCCUUCCCUUCAUAUUUUAAAACUGUCAUAGUUGUAUAAUUUUUAUCAUCAACAGUUUUACGACCUAUAAUUAUGUAUUGAAAUAUAAUGUGAGAAAUUUUUACCUUCAA